AUGAAGUUCUUCACAACCGUGGCAGUUCUUGCUGCCUCUGUGGCUGCUGCCCCCUUUGACAUUGCAGCUCGCCAGGAGAGCAGCUCCUUGCCGCCGCCUCCCGACUUUUCUGGAGUUCCUUCGGGACCUCCUCCCUCGGGACCUGCUCCUACGGGACCGCCUUCCUCUGGCUUCGACCUUCCUCCCGCUCCCAGUGCGGCAGCAAAGAUGGCUCGUCAAGAGAGCGACUUUCCUCCCCCUCCCAGCGGCAUUCCCAGUGGACCUCCCCCAGACUUCUCGGGAGUUCCUACUGGCCCGCCUCCUUCAGACUUCCCUGCUCCUACGGCUGCUGCCAAGCUUGCACGCCAGGACGCUUCGGAUCUCCCACCUCCCCCCAGUGGCGUUCCCAGCGGUCCUCCACCCUCUGGUCCCCCGCCAUCUGGACCACCUCCAUCUGAUGCUCCUCCGGUAUUCCUAGCGGCCCUGCUCCUUCCUGGUCCUCCACCCUCUGGACCUCCUCCUUCUGACGCUCCUCGUCCUACCGCUGCUGCUGCCAAGCGUCAAGAGGAGGGUUCUGCUCCUCCUCCGCCUCCCAGCGGUGUUCCUAGCGGUCCCCCGCCCUCGGGCCCCGCGCCGACCGGCCCUCCCCCCUCGGAUGCUCCUCGCCCUACCGCCGCAGCCAAGCGUCAGGAGGAAGGCUCCGGUCUGCCCCCGCCUCCUAGCGGUGCUCCUAGCGGCCCUGCCCCCUCGGGUACCCCCCCUCCUCUGCCCAGCGGCGUCUCUGCUCCCCCGCCUCCUCCUAGCGGUUCGGCCGGUGCUGCUCAGCCCCCGUCUCCCUCUCUAAAGGUCCGCCAGGACGGUGAUGCUCCCCAGCCCACUGGCCCGCCGCCUUCCGGUGUCCCCUCUGGCAUCCCUCCCUCGGGUGUCCCCUCGGGCGUUCCCCCGCCUCCUCCCAGCGGCUCCGCUCAGCCUCCUUCCCCGACUCUGAAGGUUCGCCAGGAUAACGCCGCUCCUACCGGCCCGCCUCCCUCUGGCGUUCCCUCGGGUAUCCCUCCCUCUGGCACCCCUCCUCCUCUGCCUAGCGGUGCCUCUGCUCCCCCGCCUCCUCCCAGCGGUUCGGCCUUGCCUCCUUCGCAGACUCUCAAGGUCAAGGUUCGCCAGGACAGCGACGCUCCUCGUCCCACCGGACCUCCUCCUUCUGGUGUUCCUUCCGGCGUCCCCUCGGGCGUCCCUCCGCCCCCUCCUAGCGGCAGCGCCCCUGCCGGCCCUGCUCCCAGCAACUAA